GUCCUCCUUUCUUCAGCCUCUCAGUUGGUCCUCUUCAUCGCACCGCUUUCAUUCUGUGUGAGAAAGGUUUCCCUCACUGUAAAAUCGGUUUGCUUUGAAUCCUUUCGUCCUGUUUAUGAAUCAUCUGGAUUACACUGAGGUACUUUAUGAGCCAGUGAUGCACAGUUGAAGAAUUACUGUCCCGUUUCAUGUGGGGACAGUCCACCCUGACUACUGCACGAUGCCGAAGACGUUUUCACUUCUUUCUCUUCUCGCCAUUAUUUCUGGCAUCAGCUGGGUGACAGCUAGGGAGCACAGGUUUGUACCGGACCCUCCAGUGCUGAACAUCACCGAUAAGACAUACAAAAUCAACACAUCCGAUAUACUGGAGAUAACCUGUAGAGGACGUCAAAUUUUGGAAUGGUACACUCCUUUCAACCGGACUGGCUCUGAGAGCAGGAUUGUAACAUCAGACUGUAGUGGGGAUGGAUUGUUCUGUAGCACCAUUACACUCACUGGGGCAAUGGGAAAUGAGACUGGAGAGUAUCGCUGUUCCUACAGAAACCUGUCUGUGGAGGAAGGGAAAACCUCUGUGUCAGUGUACGUCUUUGUACAAGAUUACCGCAUGCCUUUUCUCCGGUUAUCUCAAGACUUUGACGUGGUAUUUAUUCAAGAAGGAGAGCAAGUGGUUAUUCCUUGCCUGGGCUCCGUGGAGGACCUCAACGUUACUCUGUACACGAAAUAUCCAGUGAAGGAACUGGUAACUGAUGGAAAGAACGUGUUCUGGGACAGCAAGAGAGGUUUUGUGCUCCCUAGUCAUAUGAUUAGCUACGCUGGUGUGGUCCACUGCCAAACUCGCAUCCAAAAUGAAACCUUCCAGUCCUUGGCCUACGUUCUGGCUGUCGUAGGAUAUAAAAUCUAUGACCUCACAGUGAGUCCUGUUUACGAGAAGCGGGCGGGCGGGGAGAAGGUGGCGAUCAACUGCACUGCAGUUACAGAACUUAAUACAGUCCUUGACUUCAAGUGGAGCCUCCCCCAGGACAAGAGAAAUCCCAACCAUUUCCCACGAAGGCAUUAUGAGACUAAACCCCACAAAGAGAAGCUGUGGAACUCUCUGCACCUGACGAACACACUGAUAUUGGAGAAUGUUACAAUCAAUGACACAGGAGAAUAUGUGUGCACAGCGUCCAGCAAUAAGAUGGUCAAAAGUAGCCAAGCAUACCUAAUGGUUUAUGAGAAGCCUUUCUUAGUAAUCGAUCAGUCUCUUCAAACCGUGGAUGCCAACAAAGGUCAACGAAUAGCAAAGAUCCCUGUUAAAUACAACGCUUAUCCAGAACCUAAUGCAAAGUGGUUAAAGAAUGGCCAGUCCAUCACCAGUGAAGAGUACAGGAUAAAGCCAUCCAGAGAUUCGCUCACUAUAUACGAAGUCACAGAAAAAGAUGCUGGGAAUUACACUGUGGUCAUGACCAAUAAAAUCACAAGAGAAGUACACAGCCAGACAUUUCAGCUAUUGGUCAAUGCUCAUCCUAAGAUCUUUGAGAAGGAGGUACCCUUUGAUCGAAAUAUUCACAUGUUUGGCAGCAGCCCCACCCUCACCUGCACUGCUUUUGGUGGCUCCAGUCCUGUCUCUAUCCAUUGGCAGUGGAUGCCCAGUGAGGACUGUCCAGCCAAAUUUCAGCCCAGGUCAGAUCAGAGUGCAGAGUGUGAAGGGAAAUGGAGAGAGAUCUCGAACAACACAGGAAAAAACCACAUUGGCCAGCCCACCAGCUUCAUCGACCACUCACUUAAGACUGUCAGCAUGCUGAAGAUCCAGAAAGCUGUGGCCCAUGCGCUGUUUAGAUGCACUGCUUCCAACAAAAUCGGAGUGGAGAAACGAGUCAUUAUAUUUCAAGUGGCACGUUUCCUCAACCUUAGUGUGUUCCCCUCCAGCACCCCCAUGGAGGAGGAGGAUGUGUUGCUGCGCUGUGUAGUCGACCGUGUGCUGUACUCCAGCCUCAGUUGGUAUCGGGUGCUGAAUGCAUCCAACCCAGCAGAACUGCCUACUACUGUGCCUUGUGCCAGCCUCAGCCUAGCGCCUCUCACCCAGCCCAAUGCCACUAUCACAAGCCUGCAGGGUCCCAACAUCACACUGGACCUGUCCUUGCCUAGGGUCAGUCGGCAGGACGAGGGUUUGUACACGUGUCGCAUGGAGAACGCUGACAGCAGUGAGAGAACCUGCCUUCUACACAAUCUGCGUCUCCGGGCUCUGGAGGCACCCUGGAUCGUGAACAACUUGAGUGAUCAGAGGAUGAAUGUGAGCGAUUCCACCAUGCUGAUGUGUGAGGCAAGGGGCACACCGACCCCCAACAUCACCUGGACCAAAGACAACCAGACCGUCAUUAAAGGAUCUGGUGUUAUUCUGGCUCAAUCAAAUCGCAUCCUGACCAUCCAGAGAGUAAAGAAAGAGGACAGUGGUCUAUACACAUGUACAGCCUGCAACAAACAGGGUUGUGUCUCCAGCCAGGCUCAUCUUACAGUGGAGGGUGCAGAGGAGAAGAUGAAUGUGGAGCUGAUUUUGCCUAUUGGUGCUGUGGUUAUUGCCAUGUUCUUCUGGCUUCUCAUGGUCUUUGUUAUACGCAGCAGAAAACGGCCCAUUGAUGGAGAUAUGAAGACAGGCUACUUGUCAAUUAUCUUAGAUGCAGAAGACAUGCCAAUGGAUGAGCAUUGUGAGAGACUCGCCUAUGAUGCCAGCAAGUGGGAGUUUCCCCGUGAACGUCUCAAACUAGGGGAACCGCUGGGUCGAGGGGCAUUUGGUCAGGUUCUGGAGGCAGCAGCAUUCGGCAUUGAAAAGGCCACUACCUGCACAACAGUAGCAGUGAAGAUGCUAAAGGAGGGUGCUACCUCCAGUGAGUAUCGUGCCUUGAUGUCCGAGUUGAAGAUUCUUAUCCAUAUUGGCCAUCAUCUCAAUGUGGUCAAUUUGCUAGGUGCCUGCACCAAACCAGGUGGUCCAUUGAUGGUAAUAGUGGAAUACUGUAAGCAUGGUAACCUCUCCAGUUAUCUGAAGAGUAAGCGUGGAGAAUAUAGCCCCUUCAAGAAGCAUAGGCCUCGGCUGAUGCAGGACAGAGCUGGUGGAUUGGAGGAGGACCUGAAAGAAGGGGAUGUGGGUAUGAGCACGACUGCCCGAUUGGACAUCUGCACUGGCACUGCCAUCUGCUCUGGACUGAGAAGUGAGUGGAGCGCCAAUCCUCAACAUGAUAAGCAAGAAAGUUCAGACUGGGAUCAGUUGACUAUGGAGGAUCUCAUUAGCUACAGCUUUCAAGUGGCCAAGGGAAUGGAGUUCCUUUCCUCUCGAAAGUGCAUUCACCGGGAUUUGGCAGCUAGGAACAUUCUUCUUUCUGAGAAUAACAUUGUGAAGAUCUGUGACUUCGGCCUGGCCAGAGACGUGUAUAAAGACCCAGACUAUGUCCGCAAAGGAGAUGCACGUCUCCCUCUGAAGUGGAUGGCUCCAGAAACAAUCUUCGACCGAGUGUAUACAACACAGAGUGAUGUUUGGUCUUUUGGAGUACUACUCUGGGAGAUCUUCUCCUUGGGUGCAUCUCCAUAUCCAGGAGUGAAUAUUGACGAGUCAUUCUGCAGAAGGCUAAAAGAUGGUACCAGGAUGAGACCACCUGACUAUGCCACCCCUGAGAUCUAUCAGACCAUGUUGGACUGCUGGAUGGAUCAUCCAAAGGACAGACCCACUUUCACAGAACUAGUGGAGCAUCUGGGCAACUUGUUACAGGCCAGCGCUCAACAGGAUGGUAAAGACUAUAUUCCACUGACAGUGGGGGAUGUGGCGGGGGGAUCAGGAGUCCCCGAGCUCAGACUGACAUCAUAUAACAAAGCACCAAGAGCCAAAAGCAUGCAGAACCAGCUUAACUAUGAUAAUGCUCCAUCAGUGGGAUAUUCUCAGCAUAAAUUUGAGGACGUUCCACUGGAACAGCAUGCCAUAAUGAAUGGCCAGAUGGGCUACGAUGUGGGAUUAUCACAUGAUGAGAUGAAAGCGCUAAAUCAUCAAGCACAGAGGACGGCCAUAUUCAGCCCUCUACUACGAUGUAAGAGUAAGGAAUCUGUGGCUUCCGAAUCAUCCAAUCAAACCAGUGGCUACCAGUCUGGCUACCACUCGGAUGACACAGAAGCACCUGUGUAUGCCAAUGAAGAGAUGAUCCGGAAGAGGGAUAUUUUGAAGAAGCCGCCGUUCCCCAAAAGGGAUGACAAGUUUAACACUGAGCAGAUUCACCCUUCCACACCAAAAGCAAUAAAAACCAGACAAGGUUCUGCUUAUGAUAGGUUGGUGCUUCGGCCAGAUUCCAGUCCAUGCUAUUUAAUUUGAACACAGCACUCCUCACAUUCUGUUGAUCAGUGGCAUUAUGGUUUUCUGUCUAGUGUUUAUUUAAUGAUUUAGUCAGGUACAUUUAUUAAAGUCAGUACAUCUCUGUAAUUUAAUCUCUGUAAUCUCAGUAAAAUCAGCAAAGCACAUUAAAGUGCUGCAUGCACAUGCGUGUAACUGUAUGUCAGGAUUUCAAAAUAUAAUAAUUGAGUAUAACAAACAUGACAUACAGUAUAGCGGUUGAUUGAUGACUGUGCCUUAGCUGAAACCUGCAAUUCACUUCUGUUUAUCUUGACAUUUAAACAUGUGAAACACUCAGUGUUCUACAGUUGUAAUUUAUCAUACAAUUGGCCAUGUCUCAUUUACCCCCCCCCCCCCCCCCCCCCUUUUAAAUAAAUGUAAUAUAUUUUGUGGGUGCAGAUAAGCUGUAUGUGUCUGCUUUGCUGUAAAUGUGUUAAUUUUCUUUUGUUUAAAGGUCACCUUUUUUUGAGAAAGCCAUGAAAAUGUAAUAAUUGUUUACACAGACUGCAAAGCAAGAAUAGCUGCUCACUGAGACCACUCCCACUUCCUGUAAAAAGACACACACACACUUCACUGAAUUUGAGACAAUUGAGUGACUUAAUCUUUGGAGUUUUUUUUCUGCAUUUAUAUUUUGCAUUGUUUUCUUCUGAUGUUUGGCCAGCAUCUUAUCAAAUCACGAGUCUUUUCCUUGCCUGUUGCUGUUAUUCUCAACAUUAUGCUUUUCUUUUUUUUCAUGGUUUGCUUCCUGAAUGUACAGGUUAUUAAAUGAGGAACUUAACAUAGGUCAUGUAAGAACAACAUAUUUUAUUAAACUUGUCCUGAACAUAACUAGUUUUCUAAAAUAAAUUUUAUCGAAAAUAUUUCUACUAAUUGUAGUUGUCAGAGUUUGUGUACCAUUGAAUGUCACCCACGGUAACAUCUACUUUGGGAAGUGUGUGUGUGUGUGUGUAUGUUUGAGCCAGGUUGUGAGACCUCUCUCUUCCUGUAUCUGUUUUGCAAUGACCUUGAGGAGACAAUGCACUCAAAGUUAUUUUCGUGUGUGUGUGUGUGUGUGUGUGUGUGUGUGUAUAAAUCAAUAAAAAAAACUAUAUAAAUUA